AUGGAGUUUCCUACAGAUACUUCCAAAGGCGAGCAAGAGUCGGAGAAUAAGCUCGAUCCUCACGACCGCGAUCAGGAGAAAAGGGGCUCCGAAACCUUCGGAGCCCCGGCUCCGCAGCACGUCACCAGUCCAGACACCCAGCGGAGCCCACUCCCCGCGGGGCCACGUGCGCCUGCCCUGGGGCUGCUGCUGGGGGCUGCGUGGCUGGCGGGCCCGGCCCGUGGGCAGAAUGAGACAGAGCCCAUCGUGCUGGAGGGCAAGUGUCUGGUGGUGUGCGAUUCCAACCCCACGUCCGACCCCACGGGCACGGCUCUGGGCAUCUCUGUGCGCUCAGGCAGCGCCAAGGUGGCCUUCUCCGCCAUCAGGAGCACCAACCACGAGCCGUCCGAGAUGAGUAAUCGCACCAUGAUCAUCUACUUUGACCAGGUACUAGUGAACAUCGGGAACAACUUUGAUUCAGAACGCAGCACUUUCAUCGCCCCGCGCAAAGGGAUCUACAGUUUUAACUUCCACGUGGUAAAAGUCUACAACAGACAGACCAUCCAGGUGAGCCUCAUGUUAAACGGGUGGCCGGUGAUUUCAGCCUUCGCUGGUGACCAGGACGUGACCCGGGAGGCCGCCAGCAACGGAGUCCUAAUCCAAAUGGAAAAAGGCGACCGAGCAUACCUCAAGUUGGAGCGGGGGAACUUGAUGGGGGGCUGGAAGUAUUCGACCUUCUCAGGAUUCCUCGUGUUUCCGCUUUAACUGGCUCAUAGCCGGAAUGGAGGCAGGGAGAGGGCGAAGGCAGGAGGGGGAUUAAAAAAAAAAAAAAAAACGGGAAAUUAAGAUGACGAGAAAGCGACAGGAGCCGGAAACUUCCUACCUGUUCCCUAGCUGUGUCCGGCAAAAAAGGUGCGCGGCCAGCCGGUCGGACGACUUUGUCUGUUUCCUUACUCGGAGAAGUAAUUCCGCUUUGCUCUGCGCACUCCCAAUUUCCAAAAAUAAAC